AUCGGCUUCCUCGGAUGUGUUCGACCGUGAUCGCGGAGGAGGCGAAAUUAGGGGAAAAGCCAAAGGCGAAGGUGCUGCCAUGCUCACGCCACCAUCAGCUGCCGAAGUCUCUUAUCUCAACUCAUAACAAGCCGCCGCUCCUCCCUGGUGACGACUGUGACGACCUGACGAGAGGGCCUGCAGGAGGUCCACGGCUCUUCAAAAGGGCGCCUCUCGAACAGCAGGAGGUCAGCGAGGAGGGAAGGCAAGGCACGGGCUCACGCAUCGGCUGCCAUGUGCAUGUGUCUGUGUUGGUUUCUUCUGGCGUCGCAGGCAGGUGGCUGUGAGUGA